AUGGCCGUCCCACCAGAGAUCACCAUCCACAAUCUCACCGGCUCCUACACACUCAACCGCACCCUCUCCGACUCCUCCCAGCAAGUCCUCAAGAUGCAGUCCAUCGGCUUCCUGGUCCGGCAAGCAGUGGCCUACAGCACAGUCACCGUCACCCUCCAGCAAUACACGAACCCCACCACAGGCCUUCGACACCUGGACCAGACCCAGACCUCAACAGGCGGAAUCCGCAACUUCGAAGACCCCAUCAUGGAUUGGAAGUAUACAGAAAAGGAGAAUUGGAUCUGGGGCAAAGUGAAAGGGCGCAGUCGGUACGCAAAGCUGAGUGAGGUUGAGGAUGAGUGGAUGAGGGAGGGGUGGGAGGACGGCAAUGCUGAGGUGGUUGAGGGGUAUGUGGAGGGUUUGAAGGACGGGUGGAGCGCGUGGCAGGUUUGGGGCUUUGCGGUGGUUGGAGGGGAGAGGAAGCAUGUGAGGAAGAUUCUGGCGAGGCGGCCGAAGUGGAAGGAGCAGAGGAUACGGAUGGUCUAUGAUUGGAAAGGCCCGGCUGAGGUGCAGGCGUCUGAUGCUCAAGGCAAAUGA